AGAGAUGUUGCAUUCGGUCCCACCUAGGCGUUUGUGUGCUGGUUUCAGAUGCCGUUGGCUCUAUGGAUAAGAAGUUAAACGCUUUCGCAAAAACAUCUGGCGGCUUUAUCGACGCGUGCAGAACUUCAGCGUCUGAACACAUGAGAGAAGAACGCCGGGUUUUAUUUGACCAUUCGCAGCUUUUCUAAGUUACCUGAAGACCCUCGGACGUCAUCAUUUAAGAUCUCUCCAAAAUCCAGUACCUAACAACUAUGAGUCGGUUAACCUGUGCAUUGCUGCGGGUGAUCUCUUUAUUGCUGGUAACCCGGGGUAUGUUUGCAAUGGUUCUAUUUAAUGCUACUGAUCUGGGCGUUCUUCUGGACAAGUACAUGGAUGAUGAUGGAGAAGGGGCGGUGCAUAAACAGCGAGGCAAGAGGGCCAUCACUGCCGGUGACAUGCAGGCCAUCCUGGACCUUCACAACAAACUCAGGGGACAGGUCGAACCACCAGCUGCAAAUAUGGAAUACAUGGUGUGGGAUGCUGAACUGGAGCGGAGUGCUGAGGAAUGGGCUGAAACAUGUCUGUGGGAACAUGGUCCAGCUGGGCUGCUGCCUCAAAUUGGCCAGAAUCUAGGAGUUCACUGGGGAAGGUAUCGGCCGCCUACUUCUCAUGUACAGUCGUGGUAUGAUGAGGUCAAAGACUACUCUUUCCCAUAUGAAUGUAGCUCAAACUGUCCUUUUCAGUGCAGUGGUCCAGUCUGUACUCACUACACUCAGCUUGUUUGGGCAACCAGUAGUCGUAUUGGCUGCGCGAUCAAUGUGUGUUACAACAUGAACGUGUGGGGUCAGAUCUGGGCAAAGGCUGUUUAUCUCGUGUGCAACUACUCCCCAAAAGGUAACUGGUGGGGUUACGCUCCAUAUAAACGUGGCCCCCCUUGCUCCGCCUGCCCACCCAGCUAUGGUGGAGUGUGCAAAGAAAAUCUCUGUUAUAAAGGUGAUGAAACAAAUAGACAAAGCCCACGUGAAGAAACAGAGGAAAGAAAUUCUGUUGAACCGGAGGCCCCUCACAGCCCUAGACCCCGUUCACGGGCCCCAAAUCCAACCAGACAGCCAAAUACAGUUGUGAGCAAAGAACAGAUGUCCCAGGUUGUGACGUGCGACACAAAGCUUAGAGACCAGUGCAAGGGUACCACAUGUAAUAGGUACGAGUGUCCUGCUGGUUGUUUAGACAGCAUUACAAAAGUGGUUGGAACGGUGUAUUAUGACAUGCAAUCCAGUAUUUGCCGGGCUGGCAUUCAUUAUGGUGUCAUUGACAACGAUGGAGGUUGGAUGGAUGUCACGAGACAUGGCAGAAAGGAGUAUUUCAUCAAAUCAAACAAAAAUGGAGUUCAGUCUCUUGGGAAGUACCAGAGUGCCAAUGCUUUCACAGUAUCAAAAGUGACAGUGAAAGUUAUUACAUGUGCGACUACAGUUUCUGUGCUAUGCCCUUACCAAAGGCCUGCAAGUCACUGUCCAAGGAUUUACUGUCCCUCAAAUUGCAAGGAAGAAAAUCCCCACCAUUCCCGUGUCAUCGGUACCAACUAUUAUUCAGAUAAAUCUAGUAUAUGCAAUGCAGCAAUUCACGCUGGGGUCAUAAACAACGAGUCGGGGGGAUACAUCGACGUGAUGCCCUUGGACAACAGACAGCUGUACAUUUCCUCAUACCAGAAUGGCAUAUUGUCAGAAAGCCUGCAAAAUCCAGCUGGAGGAAAGACAUUCAGAGUAUUCGCAGCUAUAUGAGUGUGAGCUAAAACUGUGUUCACUCAUCAAGUCAGUCCAUCAAGUCUGUUUAUUAUGUUGUCACAAACGCCUUAUAUAUUCAGCUCAGUCACACAAAAUUGCAUACCUAUAGUAACAUAUUUUUUUAUUCUUUUUCGUGAUCGUAUCACGAAUUUCUGUUUAUGUGUCAUCGUCACGUAUUGGUUACUCAACUGCUUUGUCCUUAUUUCUUACCAUUGUCGCUUCGGUUUAGGGUUAGAUUUACAUAAAAUGACAUCCUUACCCAAACCCAACUCUAACCCUAAUGCCAGACGACAAUGGAUUAAAAAUCAGAAAAAAAAAAAUGUAUAAACCAAUAUUUAAAGUAACACCCUAACGCAAACACCAAAACUAAACCGAAGCGAAAAUGGUUUGAAAAUAGGAUAAAGCAGUUGAGUAACCAAUACGUGACAAUGACACAUAAACAGAAAUUCGUGAUGCGAUCACGAAAAAAAUGUGGAAAUUCGUGACAGUAUCACGAAAAAUAAUUGUGAGUACAUAAUUUUGUGAGACUGGGUAGCAGCAUAUAUUUCCUGUCACACAAAUGUUAAAAGUAUUUGCGGCAUAUGGAGAGUUUUUGCUUUGCAUAAAGCUCGUAGGAGUUUUUUUGUGCUUGUAACCAAUCUAUAUUUUGGGGAAUAUGGUAUUUGUACUGCUGAGAAAAGCACUCCAAGCCAUUUUAAUCUUUGUUAUUGUCAUAUACAUUUACUAUACAGAUAUUACUUAAUGUGGACUCUUUUAAAAACGUUUAUCCGUUUAUUGUUUUUCAUAUUUAUUUUUAUAGUUUUAAGGCAACAAAAGGACUGCUGAUAAAAUUAUGUUAAUAUUUGAGUUUUUGCAAAUUAUUUUAAUUGUGGAAAAUAACCCUGCAGGGCAGGAAAUGACAUUGUAAAUGUCCAAUAGGUUGUAUUAAAUAUGGGGUGCUUAAUUGUACUGUAUUUUUGUUUAUAAAAUAACAGUUGUAAUGUCAAAUAGUUUCGUAGGUUUGAUAAAACAAACAUCUACUUUACAAAAAAUAACACAAUUAGAGGUGCUUUUCAUUUGUACAUUAUUUAAUAUACACAUUUUCUUAAUGUAUACAUACAGUACUGUAUGAUUGUAUUUUGCCUACCUCACUCUGUCUAA